CUGCUGGUUGGGGCCUCCUGGAUCCUGGCCCGCAUUCUGAUCUGGAUCUACGCCUACUAUGACAACUGCUGCCGCCUUCGAUGUUUCCCGCAGCCCACCAAACGAAACUGGUUUUGGGGUCACCUGGGCCUGGUGAGUUGGGUGGCAGGAUGCAUCUGAGAUAGGAUGGGCCCAGACAGUGACCCAAACCUACCUGGUUGCCCCUCAGGCCAUGACACCACAGCCAGUGGCCUCUCCUGGGUCCUGUACAACCUUGCCAAGCACCCAAAAUACCAGGAGCGCUGCCGACAGGAGGUGCAAGAGCUCCUAAAGGACCGGGGGACAGAGGAGAUUGAAUGGAUGUCACUGCUGAGCCUGUCAUGGUUGGGACUCUGGCCCGGGACAGCCUCCCCCUGGCUGCUCCUGCUGCUGGUCGGGGCCUCCUGGAUCUUGGCCCGCAUCCUGGCCUGGACCUACACCUUCUAUAACAUGUGCAACCGCCUUCGGUGUUUCCCACAGCCCCCAAUGAGGAACUGGUUCUUGGGACACCUGGGAACGAUCACCCCCACGGAGCAGGGUUUGAAGGAUGUGACUAAGCUGGUGGCCACCUACCCCCAGGGCUUUAAGAACUGGCUCGGUCCCAUCAUCCCCUUCAUCUCUCUGUGCCACCCUGACACCAUCAAGCCUGUUGUCAGCGCCUCAGCUGCCAUCACACCCAAGGGCAUGAUCUUCUACAGCUUCCUGAAGCCCUGGCUAGGGGAGGGUCUUCUACUGAGUACUGGUGACAAGUGGAACCACCACCGCCGCAUGCUGACACCAGCAUUCCACUUCAACAUCCUGAAGUCUUACGUGAAGAUCUUCAACAAGAGUGUCAACGUCAUGCAUGCCAAGUGGCAGCGACUGGCCUCUGAUGGCAACACCCGUCUGGACAUGUUUGAGCACAUCAGCCUCAUGACCCUGGAGAGUCUGCUGAAAUGUGUCUUCAGCUUGGACAGCAAUUGCCAGGAGUAUGUAAAGUUGCUGCCUAUAUUCUUGCCCUCAUCCUGCAGGAAGCCCAAUGAGUAUAUUGCUGCUGUCUUAGAACUCAGUGCCCUCAUAGUGAAACGGCAGGAGCAACUCCUUCUUCACUUAGACUUUCUCUAUCACCUCACUGCCGAUGGGAGACGCUUCCGCAAGGUCUGCCGCUUGGUACAUGACUUCACAGAUGCUGCUAUCCAGGAUCGGCGCCGCAAUCUCUCAGAACAGGGUGUGGAUGACUUUCUCAAGGCCAAGACUAAGUCCAAGACGUUGGACUUCAUUGAUGUGCUCCUGCUGAGCAAGGAUGAAGAAGGAAAAGCAUUGUCAGAUGAGGAUAUCCGAGCGGAGGCAGACACCUUUAUGUUUGCAGGCCAUGACACCACAGCCAGUGGCCUCUCCUGGAUCCUGUACAACCUCGCCAAGCACCCAGAAUACCAGGAGCGCUGCCGAAAGGAGGUGCAAGAGCUCCUGAAGGACCGCGGGACAGAGGAGAUUGAAUGGGACGAUCUGUCCCAGCUGCCCUUCCUGACCAUGUGCAUCAAGGAGAGUCUGCGAUUACAUCCUCCAGUCAUUGGCGUCUCCCGCUGCUGUACCCAGGACAUAGAGCUUCCUGAUGGCUGGGUCAUCCCCAAAGGCAUCAACUGCCUCAUCAGCAUCUUCGGGAUCCAUCACAACCCGUCAGUGUGGCCAAACCCUGAGGUCUAUGACCCCUUCCGUUUCGACUUAGAAAACAGCCAGAAGAGGUCACCUCUGGCUUUUAUUCCUUUCUCUGCGGGGCCCAGGAACUGCAUCGGGCAGACAUUCGCCAUGACGGAGAUGAAGGUGGCCGUAGCGCUCACGCUGCUACGCUUCCGCAUCCUGCCUGACCACACGGAGCCACAGAGGAAGCCUGAAUUGAUCCUGCGUGCUGAAGGCGGACUGUGGCUGCAGCUGGAGCCGCUGAGUGCCAAUCCACAGUGA